AUGGCUGAAGAAACCCUUAAAAGAAAAUUGGACUCUGAGCCAGAGGCGGAAGCCAAAAAGAGCAAAACAGAGCUUAAUGAAAAAAGCUCGACCGAGAAAGAAACGAUGGGAAACAGCAAUGAUUCGAAGAACGGUAGUAAGACUGAAAACCCCGAGAACGAGAAGAAGCCUGAGGAGAAGAAAGAAUCCGUGGAAGAGGAAGACAACUCAAAGAAGAAAGGAGUCGAGUCUGAGAAAUCCUCAAAAAUUUCGUCUGAGGAGAAGAAUUCCGUUACUCCAAAAGAUACUACACCAGUGUUUGGCUCGAAGAGUUCCUUCGGUGAUGCUUUUAAGAAGUCAAAGGAGAAGCCCGACAUCUUUGCUUCCGCCAAUGAUGAAUCCACUACUUCACUGUUUGGCUCCAAUGUCCUGCUGUUUGGCUCCAAAUCUAAGUUCGGCAAUGCUUUCCAACAAACAUUGCUGAAGCCAUCUUUCCUCGAUAGCCCGGAGCCCACAGCAGAGAAGGAGGAUUCAGUGGACGAAUCCAAACCAAAGACAUCACAACAGUACAAGCAAGUAGAUCUCGAGGAGAAGACAGUUACGACAGGUGAGGAAAACGAGGAGUCUGUUUUCUCUGCUACAGUUAAGGUGUUUGAGCUAGACCUUUCGAACAUUAAGGAAGGCUGGAAAGAGCGGGGUGUUGGUCCUCUACAUUUAAACCAAUCCAAGCUGGAUUCCAAGGAGGUCCGCAUUGUGAUGAGAUCUCAAGGACUUUUGCGUGUCGUGUUGAACUACAAGAUCACCCCAGAGACGGAGCUUAUCAAAGGACUAGAAGCAAGUUUGUCCCCAGGCAAGUUUCUUAGAUUCAACUCUGUUGUGAGCGGCAAGCUUGUGCAAUAUCUUGUGAAAUUCUCUAACGAGACACUUAGAGACGGCUUGGUGAAUAAGGUGAAGGAGCUUCAAGAAAAGAUCACCAAGGAGGAUAAAUAG